GGGCUGAGUGAGUGAGUGAGGCUGAUUUUUUUUUAAUAUAUAUACCCAGCCUGGUCACUGAGGACAGCAGGACCAUGCUAACCCAAGGCUGGAGCUUUGGACGUGAAUAACUGUUGUGUGUUUUUUUUUUGCAAAAAUAUUCCCAUUUGUUUGGGUUGAUAUCAAUUUGCAGCCCAUCCACCACCUCCCCACUGAAACUGACCAGAGUCUGGGACGAUGGGUAGAUGCAAUGGUCGAUGUAGUCUGAUUGCACUCUGCUGUCUGCAGUUGGUAGCUGCUUUGGAGAGGCAGAUAUUUGACUUUCUGGGCUAUCAAUGGGUCCCUAUUUUGGCGAACUUUUUACACAUUAUGGCAAUCAUCCUCGGCAUCUUUGGCACCGUCCAGUACAGACCCAAGUACUUAAUUAUGUACGCCGGCUGGCUUGUUCUGUGGGUGACGUGGAAUGCAUUCAUCAUUUGCUUCUACUUAGAGGUUGGCCAGUUAUCACAGGACAGAGACCUUGUCAUGACCUUUAACACCUCACUACAUCGCUCGUGGUGGAUGGAGAACGGGCCGGGAUGUGUGGUCACCCCAGUGACUGCUCCAGAGCAGGCUCCAGAGGACCACCAUGUUAUCACAGUCAGAGGCUGUCUGUUGGACUAUCAGUACAUCGAAGUCACCAGCAGCUCUUUACAAGUUCUCCUUGCACUCCUUGGCUUUAUCUACGCGUCUUACGUCAGUAAAGUGUUCAUGGAGGAGGAGGACAGCUUUGAUUUUAUCGGAGGAUUUGAUUCCUAUGGUUACCAGGCUCCUCAGAAGACGUCUCACUUACAAUUGCAGCCUCUGUACACGAUUCCAUCCAGGAACCCAGGUCAGGGUAAACAGGCCACGUCCUGGUCCUAACAAGGCAUCGGCGGUGACCGAGCUCCUGGUGAAAGUCUGCACCAACCGUCGGACAAAAGGCAUCGCUCAAGGAAUUUUUCAGUGGAAAAGAAUGUUACAAGACGCACAGAAAGAGGCGGAAACACAGAGAGAGAGAGAGAGAGAGAGAGAGAGAGAAAACGGAGAGAAGGAUUGUCAGGAAUCGAAAGCCUCGGUUGUUACAGAUUAUAAAUUUCAGACAAUUUCAUAGAAGCCGAGAAAGAGAAAUUUUUUGCUAUUUUUUGCGGAUUUGACAGGAAAGUACACUGGUGCCCUCUGCUGUUCUAUGUUGGUAACCAAUGGCUGUGUUCACAAAGCAGUUCCGUUCUCUUGGACCGACCGGGUCGACAGCCCCUUCUCACUUGUCUUUGUA